CAUGACUCGGUUCCAUGUGGUUCCUGGAUUAGAGCCCACACUUUUACACUGGAGAACCCUGGACAAAAUGUUCUCAUUCCUUGGGACUCUAAACAGACUGCUGAACUCAGACACACUAAAACGGGGACGUGAGCUGCUGUGAUGGAAGGUCUGAGUGUGAAGGUGUUCCUCUUCACCCUCAUCACUGUGCUCUCUCUCAAUGUGAAAGCGGAGGUGAGGAAGUUGGACAUGGCUCCUGAUGCAGUAGACGACGAUUUCUCGCAGUGUCGAGAGAAAAUGCUGAAGGCUGUUACUGAACCAGGCGGCCUGCUGCAGAAGGAACUCAAGGCUAAUAAAGAGUUUGAGGAGCUGUGGAGUAAACACAGUGGAGAGUGCAAGAAGAACAUUCCUGGUGGAACAUCUUAUCACACCGAUGCUCUACAGGCGUAUGGACAUUCUAAGACUAAAUUUAGAAAAGAUUUCAACGGUUUGGUUUAUAGCAAAGGCAGCAACAGCAUGACCUACAGAGACGAAUUUCCCUUCAAGUCUCUUCACUUCCUCCUAACAGACUUCCUGCAUCUGCUGAAGCGUACAAACACCUGUACGACCGUGUACUACGCCACCAGUAACACCUACACAGCAGAUACGGGGACCGAGGUCCGAUUCGGAAAGUUCAUCAGAGCCGGAACCUCUCAGAGCGCUGAAACUGAAGUGGUGGAGUCCGAUGGAGGCACCAUGUUUAUCAUCACGUCCUGUUCUGUGGUUAAUGUUGAAGAGAACAUGUGUAAAUCUGAGGAACUCCAGGCUCUUAUUUCUCCAGCCGAGGUCUUCACAGUGCAGAACGUUAGAGAUGUUAGCACUGAUGAUGCCACAUAUAAAGAAAUCACUUUAACACACUCGCGCUUUCUCAGCAAUCAUACCUGCUCUUUCUUCCACAGGAACGCCGCGGAUGCCGAAUCCUCCACCUCUCUGACUUUUACACUUCUGGCACUGACGGCCUCCUUGCUGAGUCACUUUACACUGAUGGAGUGACUCACGUGUUCAUCGACACGUUUAUGUCAAUUUAUUACAACAUUUUUAGUAGAGUUCUUUUCUCAUGACAUGUUUCUGUUCUCCUUUUAAUUUGAUCCAUGAUCAGAAGUACCGGGAGCAGUCGAGUCGAGCUCGUCAUUUUUGAUGCGCGUUUGUUGCUUUGAACAAAUAAAAAUGAAAUGCAAAUCUCUGUAACUGUGAGCAUAUAAAACUUAAUACUUCAA